CUCGUGUAUACUUAAAUUUCCUGAAAUAUAUCGUGUACAAAAUCUCAAAUAAUAGAAAGCGAAUGCGCAGACGCAUGCCGUAGGGACCAUACUUAUCAAUUUUGAUGCUGCACCGCCACAAACUUUCUCCCUCUGCCGCUGCUGUCUCCGCACCUGUUACGCGCUUCCGCUAUUCUGGCUACCUCGCGGGCGUUUACGAUACACUGUGCUUCAACAGAAGCCGAUUAGACUCGCUUCAUCUGCAUGGAAUCUCUUAGUCACGAUUCUUUCCUGCAACGGCUAAGCGAGCUCUUCGAUUCCUCGCAAGAGCACGGCUCUAUAUGGAUCACGCACAAACGACUUCGUCAUGAUGGCGAGAACGCUACGAUGGCAGAGGGAAGCACUGCAGAAGACGACUCGCAGGAGUACCCCUGCCUGCUGCGCGUUACGGACGGCACCAUCAAGUUCUCCACUCGCGUGCAAUCGACGGAACUGGAUAAGUUCCACGCCGCCUAUGGCGCGCUGCUAAAAUCCUCCAUGUCCUCGCUCCGGAAACGCGACAAGAAGAAGGAGAAGCUGCGUGCGGAGAUGCAGGCCAAAAUCAAGAAGAAGCUGGAGGAGCCCCUCGUUGUGGACGGCCCGAAGCGCGGGAAGGGCAGGAGCAAGCGGAAACGGCAGGAGAAGGCGAAGGCUAAGCAGCAGGUUGCGCUGCAGAAGGCCAAGGAGCGGGACGAGGCUCGGUCGAAGAGUGCCGCACAGGCUGUGUGAUGUCGUGAGAGAGAUAUCGUCUACCGCUGCUGUCUAUCCCUCCUUGCUUUUGCAAAGCUUACGGGCAUUGUAUAAUUGCUUUGGGUCCAACAUGAAUCCAAACACUGACAAGCGAGUACGCCAGAGAACCUCCGACAGAACAGUGCCAUGGAGCACCGCGUAUUACAUAGAUACAAGCGUCUGUCUAGGUCGCAAAGCACUGUAGAUUCCUCGGAUCUACUACCCAUAGCACAGCACUAGCCACAUCCGCGUCGCUGCUGCUGCUGCUGAUGCUGCUGCUCCCACGAUCAUCGGGAAGCCGGCCGUUCAGACGCGAGGCGCGCACCUCCCGCAGCAGCGCGCGGACACUCGACUUGGUCGUCGUUAGCGUCGUCCAGCCGAGUUCGGCGCCGCGCAGCAUGCUCUUCACGGCGUUCGGCGACAGUUUCGAGUUGAUCUUGGCGGGCUGCAGCUCGCUAUCGCCGAGGACCCCAGCAUUUAGACGCGGGCCCUUCGAGUUUUUGGGGACGACGGGGUCUUCCAGCAGAUCCUGGCAGACCUUCGCCAUGUAGGUGAAGAAUUUCGGGUGCGGGAGCAGCGCUCCUUCGAGAGGCAGCUGGGGCGGAUUCGGAUAGAGGCGAAUCGGAAACAGUUGGACAAAGCCAGCGGCAUAGCGGGAGCCGUCCCAGAACGUCGACUCGGCCCCAGAGAAUAACGCCUCCGCGCGUCGGAUCUCCGAACUGCCCCCGAUCCGCGUCACGAUCCGCAAACACCGCUCCCGGGCGUCGUCGCUCGUCCAGAACUCGACCGGCUCAGGGAGCAGCGCCAGCUGCUUGUGUAUCUGCUCGAUCAGCGGCUUGUCCAUCUCCUGCAGGGCUUGCAACGUGAUAAUCCGCACGUGCCGCUGGAUAUCGCUCGCGUGGUCCCCGCCGCCGCCGCCAACGACGUCGGGUUUCCAGUCCCGGUACACGGUCGGCGGCUUGAAGCGCGCCGCGGCCUCCUGCGCAUCGGCCGGCAGCGCCGCGUGCGUCAGGUCCGACGCGAGCGCCACGAGCACAGACAGGUCCAGGCUGAUGCGGCGCGUGGGGCGGAUUUGGCGCGGCGCGGGCGGGGCGCGGCAGGCCGCCAAGUCGCGCGGCAGCGGCAUCGGGCGUUCGCCGAGCUCGACGGCGAUGCCCAUGUCCAUCAGACACUGUAUUGUC